GCGCGCGGCGGCAGCCAAUGGGAGCGGAGGACGCCGGCGGGGACACGGCCAAGGUGACGCUGCCCACAGAGCCGCCGCCGCCGCCGGCCCGAGCGGACCCCGCGCAGAUCCAGCAACAUGCAGGCUCCCCUGGCGCUCCUCAGCUCCCCGGCGCUGCUCCGCUGCUGCUCCAGGGCUCUGGCCAGGCCCGUGUCCGUGGCUGUGUUCAGCAGGCCUGAGGAGAGCGCACAGUGUCCCGCAGGUGUGUCCCCGGCCGUGCCGCAGCCCCGGCGGCAGUUCCGCAGCACGGCGCUGUCCCGGGACAUCGACACGGCCGCCAAGUUCAUCGGGGCCGGCGCCGCCACCGUGGGCGUGGCGGGCUCGGGGGCGGGGAUCGGCACCGUCUUCGGGAGCCUCAUCAUCGGCUACGCCAGGAACCCCUCCCUGAAGCAGCAGCUCUUCUCCUACGCCAUCCUGGGCUUCGCGCUGUCCGAGGCCAUGGGGCUCUUCUGCCUCAUGGUGGCCUUCCUCAUCCUCUUCGCCAUGUGACACCUCGGGGCCCUCCUCCUCCUCUCCGACCAGUAAACCACGGAUUUCUCUACGGAAA